AUGGCUUUGGCUCUUCGCAACCGGUACUGGCCACUGUUUGUUCUGUUUUUUUACAUCCUUUCUCCUAUCCCGUACUGCAUAGCAAGAAGAUUAGUAGAUGACACAGAUGCUGCAAGUAAUGCCUGCAAGGAGCUAGCAAUAUUUCUUACAACAGGCAUCGUUGUCUCAGCGUUUGGGCUACCGAUAGUGUUUGCGAGAGCAGAACUGAUUUACUGGGGCGCCUGUGCACUUGUCCUUACGGGGAACACAGUCAUCUUUGCCACGAUCCUAGGAUUUUUCUUGGUCUUUGGCAGCAAUGACGACUUCAGCUGGCAGCAGUGGUGAAAGGAAGAUUAAGAGAACUCUCACAGGCAUCUUGUCAUGCAGUGGCCAUCCAUCCAAACAAGAGAAUGGGCAAUAAAGAGAAGUAGCGUAGCAAGCCUCUUGAGUAUUCUAGAUGCUCCUUUUCACCUUGUUCGUUCUCAGUGUACUACUGUUGCUGACAGGGUUUCUACAUUUUUAUGAAGUGGGGAGAUUAUUGAUUUCAUUUUUACCUACGGUAUGUUUUUAGGUGCUUUCUUGGUUUAAAAUUGUCAUCCUUCUGUCUGGUGUUCACGUGAAGCUUUAAAUCUGGAACAAGAACAUUUAAACAUACUU